GAGCGUGUAGGCGUGUAUAUUACAAAAUACGUAAAAUCAGGAGAGAAUGUUGCGACGUUUAUGUGUUGUUAAAUAGAAUUUGACCUAUAUGAAUUAAAAUUAGAUACUGGCGUUUUAUUAGUUUUAUGAGAGAGUUAAGUGACAAGUUUGUUAUAGAGUUUUUAACAUGAAGUUAAAUAGUCUAAUCACAAAACAUACAACGGAAUGUUUUGUGUCUGACGCUAGAGUAGCGUGGAAAGCAUUAAACGGUGUAUUCGCUGUCUACAAACCACCAGGAGUUACGUUUCUCAAUGCACGAGAUACCAUACUAUAUCGUCUUUGCGAAGACUUGAACAGUAUGCAUGUACGUUCACCAAUCAAGCAUGUGCGCAUAGAGGGUAACACAACAAAAAAGAUGAAGGUAAUUGCACGUCCGAGUUAUGCUGAUCAUCCGCUAGUGGUAGGACCACGGUACCAACUCAAAGACUUCAGAUUAGUAUGCGCUAAUCACUUAAAUACAAACACAUCAGGGCUCAUGAUUUGUGGCAUCAAUAAUGCUGUUAGUCUGAUUGCUAACUUACGAGAUUCCAAGUCUCCGUCUAUUUACAAAGUUAAAGGCAUCUUGGGACAAGCAACGGACAAUUAUUUCAAAACUGGAAAGAUUGUCGAAAAGUCGACGUACAAAUAUAUACAACGUAGCACAAUCGACAAAGUAUGUGCUUCCAUACAGGCUGCUCAUCAGCGAAAGAUGUUCGAAUUGUGUGGUUUGGAUAUCCAAAGUCAAACUGCGUUCGAGUUGGCUGCUCAAGGUCUGGUAAGACCCGCAGAUAAGGAUAUUCCAAUGAUAUACAAUAUAAAAUGCGUGGACUUUGCGUCUCCUGAAUUCACGAUAGAAAUCGUCUGCAUAAACGGGUACGAGAUGUAUCUGAAAACUUUGAUUCAUGAAAUAGGUAUGCAGCUUCACAGCGUCGCUACAUGCACUCAGAUACAGUGUCUUCAAUACGCGUUAUUCAGCGUGGAUCAUGCUCUGUUGAAGAAAUAUUGGGACUUGCAACACAUUUUAAACAACAUUCAACAAUGUCACGAGAUUCUUCACGAAAAUAGAUAUUUAUUAAAACAAGAUAGUCCGAUAUUAACAGAACGAGAUGAUACUAAAUAAAAUCAUGCAAUUCAAAUUGCA